AUGUUCCUCUUCUCUGCUCCUUCUGGUAAUUGCCACACUGCCGCUGGGUACAAUACAGAGAUCCUGGAGAAGCUUCUGAGAGCUUGGAGGACCUCACUAGGUGAGAGGGAUGGACGUACCUUCAAUCCCGCCGUAGCGAUCACCGAUACCGAUCUCAUGGAACGCAACGCCCUCAUGCGAGUGUUCCCCGACAUAUGGCUCCUGAUCUGCAAGUUUCAUCUUCGUCAGUCGUGGCGAAAUCACCGAAACAAGCUUUUACGAGGGCGCUCACCUGUCCACAUGUCUCUCAAAGCUCGAAUGGCCCGCCUCGAAACCGAACUCGUCGCCACAACAAAUUUUAACGAGGCUCGGGAGAUGUUGGCGAAGGAGAAGGCCGUGCUUGAAAGGAUGCUGGUGGACUAUCCAAUGAUCACGUCGAACGGCCUGGAGCACCUCCGUUAUCUUGGUGACGGGUACUGGAUGAAAGACGAGAGCCUGUGGAGAAGCUGGUCAGAUUAUGGACACCGAUAUGCCGCUGUACUCCUUCAUUGCAACAUUGAAGGGGUACUCACCACGACAAAUCAUCUGGAGUCCUUUAACGGAAUCUUGAAGCGUAAAUACCUGCGUCGCUGGCAGCGAGGGAACCGAUGUCUCCGAGUCGAUGUGCUCAUCAAGCUACUCGUCACGAAGAUUCUUCCGGCGAUAUUUGAGCAACAAACGCUUGAAGUACAGGAGGAGGAUCGUUGGAGGAGGAUCUUGUUGACCCUACCAGGAGGCACAGCUCUCGUUGGCGGGCUGUCAUCGAACGCCGGCCGUGCCGUUCUACCGCCCAUCGCCUACUUUGUUCAAGACACCGCACGCGACCAGGCGGCAGCCGAACUUCUACAAGAGAAUCAAAUCAGCGUACCUGCUUUCGACUUUCGGACCCAAAGCUUCCUCUUCACAUGCUACUCGUCGUACACAACUGUCUACGAUCCUCAUCCGACCCUGUACAAUAUCGCGGUUUCGACGGAUGGUUCGGCUUGCUGUGACUGCGCCGACUUCACUCAACAAGGAGGAGCAUGUAAGCAUCUCCGUGCCGCGCUCCUUUGGCUCGACAAGCGCCGCAGUGAAGACCCAAGAAUGCCAUCAGUCACUUUGCCUUGCUCGGAGGAUGAAGCACGGAAACGUACACAGACAGACCUCUUCUCACGGCUUCAAGACACGGGCGCAGUCGCACCAUCCCUACCAACUGGUGUUAUGCGAGGCAUCCCUGCUGCAGUCGUAGAUGAGGCCAUACGAGAAGCAAACGAGAUGUUGUACGAGCAUGUGGGCGAGGACGGAGAGGGGAAGGAAGACUCCAGAGAAGACGGGGAGGAAGAGGACGACGACAGCGAUCUUGAGAGUGUGGCAACAGACACUGGCGAAGACUGCGAGUUUAUAUUCACAGCGCUUGAUCAUACAGGUAGUGCUCGGCGUGCGAUCGACGAGCAAACUUUCGCAAGAGUGCUAUUCGACCUGGCUUGUGUGGCACCGAAGCUCGGUCAGCUCGGACGCUACCUCAAGGACACUCACAGAACGUUCAGCCCUGCUGAUGCAGAGAAGGCCGCUCAAGCAAAGGCAGAUAUCAAUCUGCUUUCCGAGCAGUUAGGGCACCUCCUAGAGAUGAAAGGCCCACCCAUAUCGGAGCCACAUCAAACCAGCGCCACACCAGAGCGUCCACAAACCCCGAAACCUACCUUUGCCACAUCAUUAUCUCUCAGCAAGGGGGAGGUCGCCAAAGGUUCACAGAGUGGUGGACAAAGUGAGGUAGAGCGUAUGAGGUUGAAGAGAGCAUCUCUCUACCCACACUCGCCAGAGAAGGAUGCAAAGCAGCAUCAAUCUUACGGCCACGAUUGA